AAUUAGUCAUUAAUUCACUCACUCACACAAGAAGGCAAUGAGGAAUCUUCUCACUUGCAUCGUUCUGGGUCUUGGAUUGGCAAUCGUUUGUGCAAAUGCAAAAGGCAGCAAUUGCAAAAACCGUUGGCCAGGAUCAUAUAAUAAUAUUCCUGACAAAAAUCCCUUUGACUCCAAAAUAAAAGAAGUGGAAAAAAAUUUCAAUUCAAAUCAGUGUUUAAAUGAACAAAAAACAGAAAAGAAUUUAUACUGCUCAGUGAUGGGUUCAGCCUUGAACUUCGAGAAUCCUCUUGGUGCUAGUGACAUGCAUACUGAAGCCACCCUGAAAGACUCGGUGAAUUCCUUUGAAAAUCUUUUUGAUAAUCGCUCUCACUGGGAUAAUAACAUAAAGAAGGAUUUUGUUACAAUUUUGCCCAUGAUUACGGAAAAAAUAAGCUCAGGUGCACUAUUAACAGCUCUUGCAAAUCCAGGAAACAUCUCUCAAACUGUGGUUCGAAACUUCACAGUGAUCCAAACAAAACUUAUCAGUCCAAAAUCCUUUGAAAAGAAUGAAGCACUCACGUUAAAAGCUCAAGGAGAUCGAAUGGCCAUCCACCCAAGAACAGCAGCUGCCAUGACCACAGAUAUUGUUGCUGUGGCUUUUAUAUCAUAUGGUGGGCUAAAAUCACUCUUAGAAGACACUUUACUGAAGAAUGGAGCAUUCUUGGAGAAUGAAACGCUGACAGAUGUUCAUAUGAACUCUAGGCUGGUAAGCGUUUCUGCCAGGAGCAAAAUACAGAAUAUUUUUACCCCGGUCAAUCUCACUUUUCAGCAUCUCAAGAAAAAAGUUGCCCAGGAAAAGGUUCUCUGUGUCCACUGGAUUUCUGGUGCCUUGUCCAAUCAUGGUUGCCAACAGCUCUUUUCUAACAUCACCCAUACAGAAUGCAGCUGUCAACAUCUGUCCAGUUUUGCUGUACUGAUGGCCACAACUCACAAACAUGGAGAUCUGAUCCUCACCAUUAUUAGCUACCUUGGGUUGUCCAUCUCAGUCAUCUGUCUCUUCGUGUGUAUUGUCACAUUCCUCUUCUGCCGCUCCAGCCACAACAGCAGCACCUUCAUCCACCUACAAUUGAGCUUCUGCCUGUUUUUUGCAGACCUCCUCUUCAUAUUUGGAAUAGAUAAAACCAGCAACAAGAUCAUUUGUUCGGUCAUAGCUGGAAUUCUGAAGUAUCUUUUUUUGGCCUGUUUUGUCUGGAUGUUCUUGGAAGCUGUCAAUCUCUACCUCACUGUCAGAAACUUGACAGUUGCAAAUUACAGCGGGGCCAGCAAGUAUAUGAAGAUAUCUAUGUACCUCAUUGGUUAUGGGUGUCCUGUCCUGAUUGUAGCUAUUUCUGCAGCAAUUAAACCUGGAGCCUUUGGGACUCUUUAUCGCUGCUGGCUUAAUCCAAAUUUUAUCUGGAGCUUUAUGGGACCUGUCUGUGUGAUAAUUGUGGUCAAUUUGGUGUUUUUCUGUCUUAUUCUGAAGAAUCUGCAUAAAAAAUUGUCAUCUCUCAAUUCAAAAAUAUCUUCAGUCAGAAAUACCAGGUCACUGAUCUUUAAGGCUAUAGCCCAUGUGAUCAUUCUGGGUGUGACCUGGUGUUUUGGCCUCUUUCAAUAUGGCCCUGUGGAAGACAUUAUGGCAUAUCUGUUCACCAUCACCAACAGUGUGCAAGGAAUCUUCAUUUUCCUGGUGCACUGCUUGCUCAACCAAAAGGUGAGAGAAGCAUACUGGCAUUGGAUCUAUUGCAACAGAGAGAGUCCACCUGAGGUUUCUAAGAUUAUGGUGACCUCUUUACCCAUCAGCAAUCCUUCAACAAAUGUACCAAGUGUUACGCCAGUGGUUGACCAGAAAGUAGAAUGGGGAAACCCAACAUAGUUCACUCUUUUGGACUCUUCUGUUCUGUUUGGAGAAAACUGAAGAAAAAUUGAAUAUAUUAAACCCUUUGUUUUCUUGUUGGCUCUCUCAGCCCUUUAAUGUAAUAAUGUAAUUAAAUCCAGACCCAUGCUGGAAACAUAACUUUUAGUUCAUUCCCUGUUUUCAUUGCCAUUUUCUCUC